AUGCAGUGCACCGGCGGCACCCCUUGCGAAGCGUGUGCCUCAAGAAGGAGUCCGUGUGUCUACGACGCGAGUUCUGACCAGCGUCGAAAGAUUGCCAACCAGCGCAACGUUCACGAAUUGGCAGAGACCCAAGUACAACUUGAAAGGCAUAAACAACUGCUUGGGGGCAUGAUUGCCACCAUCAGAGCCGGCGAUUUCGACGCCAACAGCGAUCUCAUUCGCGUUGUCCGUUCAGGCGUUGAUCUUUCGCAAUUAGCGGCGCACGUUAGGAACGAGUGCCGAUCAAACGUUUCCAUUCAGCAGGCAUACGAGCAGAUCGACUUCUGCAUCGAUGGGCCUCUAGAACUACCGUCACCAACCCAGGUACUUGGAGAGAUAGCACCGCAGGGAGAUGCAAAAUCCUCCACUUCGGAUGCACCAGAGGUCAAUAGCGAGCCUUUCCAACCAGAUAUAUGGCGUAACCUCAACAGAGAGUCAUGA